GGACAAGAACUGCUGGGACGGCGCUGCGCCGUCGGCCAUGUGGCACCCCUGCCUUUCCCAAUUUCUGUAGCAUUUAAUCUCGUUGUUCUGAGCUGCCGCCGCUGCGGAAGACGCGACACCGGCGUCUGCGGUUCACAAGCAGCUGGCGCGUCUUAUCAGACCUUCCCUUCCUCUCCCUCCUCAAUCAUAAAUCCUCUCCUUUCGCCAUUGCGGCUACAAGGUUUGUUUUUUCGCAGCUGUUCUUGUCGUUUUGGCCAUGGAGUCGGUGGUGAAGCUGAACCGCAAGCUCGGUGUCGGCGGCUGCGGCAUCGUCUACGAAGGCUUCGACCACGCCAAGGGUCAGUUUGUGGCGGUGAAGGAGCUGCCCUACAUGGAGCCCAGCCUGGCAGGCGGGGAGGACACGGAGCUGGCGGAGAUCCUGCGCGAGCUCGCCUGCAUGCGGGAGGGGCGGCACCCCAACCUAGUGCAGUACUACGGUGCCCGACGCAGUGCGGUGGGGGUGCAGAUCAUCAUGGAGUACGUCAGCGGUGGCUCGCUCGACUACGUAUUAACGCGCUGCGGUCCGCUGCGCGAGACCGUCGCACGCGCCUACACCCGCGACGUGCUCGAGGCCCUGCGGUACCUGCACGAGGUCAUGCACGUCUGCCACCGAGACGUGAAGCCGGCGAAUAUCCUCAUCACCCCAGAGGGCCGCUGCAAGCUUGCGGACUUCGGUGUCGCGAAGCACGUGGAGGAGACACCGCCAAGGCAUCCGCCGUUGUCGAACUCCGCUGGCGAGCGCGAGGGGCGAGAGGGACGCCUGCAGACGGCGGUCGGCACGCCGUGGUACAUGGCGCCCGAGGUCAUUAACGGAGGUGUCGAAGACGACGAUGAAGAGGGUGAUUCUGUGGGAGAGGAAGAUGCGAAAAGCGACGGUCGUGGAGAGGGCAACGCUGCCGACAACGUGGGGACUGCAAAGCAGUACGCAGAGCCGUCUCCCAUGGAGAGCUCCCUCGAGGACUGGUCCAACGCGAUGCCGGCCUUUCCUUCCGCCAGCACCCCGGGCCCCGACCCACCCCCGCUCUAUUCCUCCACGCCCUACUACAACCCACUGAAGCGCAUUAUCCGUAAGGGCAGACUCGCCCGCGGCUCCGUCGGCUACACCACCCGCGCCGACAUUUGGAGCGUCGGGGUCACCGUGUACGAGAUGGUCACCGGCACCCGCCCCUUCGGUGCCGACCUGCACAAUCCAUCAGCCGUGUUGUUCCGCAUCGCCAACUGCGCCACGGCGCCGCCUCGCCUGCCGCCCGGCCUGCACGUCUCGCCCACCCUGCAGAGCUUUCUUGACCUCUGUUUCGUGUACGACAAGGACCUGCGGGCCACCGCCAGGGAGCUGCUGGGACACCCCUGGUUGCGCGACGCCUCGCCUGCGGCGGGCACGGCACGUGAGUCCAUCGCCCACAGGCUCAGUGACAGCGACUCCUUGAGGGCAACGACGCCGGCGCCUGCAGGCCAGCACGUGGACAGCGGUGCACCUCCGCCGCCGCAGCAGCAACAGCAACCGCAACUCUCGGUGCGGCGCAGCGUGUUUGACGGCGUGCCACUGUUGGAUGCGAUGGACCUGCCAGCGUACUCCACCGCCGCGCGUGCCCCCUCUCCCUCGCCGCGAGAGAACAGCAAAAGCAAGAGUUACAACACCUACAACAGCGGUUCGAACGGGGAGGCGGGCAGCGCGGCGGGAGGACAGCACAGCCGGCCCGGCAUGCAUCGGCUCUCCAGCGCCGGCAUCCGCCACACGUUUCUCCCAUCGCCCACCUCGACGGUUGAGGCCUCGUUGGUCAGUCCGGAGGAGCAGGAGGAGGCGUAUUCGCGGUAUGCGGCGGCACGGCAACGCAUUGGCCACGCUCGCAGCUCCGCACCGCGCGCGCCGGCUGUGCAGCCGCCUCACGGCAACAGCGAUAGUGCUGGCGGUCGUGAUGGUGGUCGGGGCGGGGGUGGCAUCCAAACAAAAUAUGGCGCCUUUGUGGAUUUGCUUUCGUAUCCGUAA